AUUACGUCUAAAUUCACUGAUCUAGUUAAUAUGUUUUAAAAAUAAUAUGUCCGAUCUUAUUUACUAGUGAUUUUGUGUUAUAUUUCACGUAUAAACAGGCUUUUAAACUUAAAUUUGCUAAAUUGACAAUUGGAUAGUUAUGGCUCCACCACAGCCCAAGGCGGCGGCCAAGCCCGCCGCGGCCCCAGCGGGCGGAGUCAAGAAGACCAAAGUUGGUAGACCAAGAAAUUAUGACUUGGGCAAUGGAGUUGUCCGAUUCUCCAAGACGAAGAUGUUCCAUAAGAAGGCAAAGUACAAGUUUGUUGGCAAAAAGAACCCCAAAGCUGAGAAGCCGAAAAAGCCAACAGUGGUGGUGAAGCAGAUUGGUGGUGAGAAGAAUGGAGGCACCCGCACAGUCCUGCUCAGACGCAGGAGGUCCUUCUACCCCACACAGGACAAGAUUCGCCAGCGUCCCCACCACAAGACGUUCAGCAAGCACGUGCGCAGGAUCCGACCAAACCUCACUCCUGGCGCCGUGUGCAUCCUGCUGGCCGGCCGCCACGCCGGCAAGAGGGUCGUAUUGGUUGGCGUCCUGCCCAGUGGACUGCUGCUCGUCACUGGACCUUUCGCUUUCAACGCGUGCCCACUGCGCCGCAUCCCGCAGCGGUUCGUGAUCGGCACCUCUACCAAGAUCGACCUGGGCGACUUCAAGCUGCCCGCCCAUCUGGACGACGCGUACUUCAAGAAGAACAAGAAGAGCGUCAAACGCAGCGUCAAGCGUAAACAGGGGGAGGACAUAUUUGUCACUAAGAAAGAGAAAUACGUUCCGUCGGAACAGCGCAAGACCGACCAGAAGCUGGUGGACGAGGCGGUGAUCAAAGCGAUUGGCAAGCGCGCCGACAAGAAAACGCUCCGCGGCUACCUGCGGGCGGCGUUCGGCCUGCGCUCCAGCCAGUACCCGCACCGGCUGCGCUUCUAGGCAUAAGUUUUAAAACUGUCAAUAAAUUUUAUUGACAAAA